AAGAAGUUGAAUUAUUAAGGCAUUGGUCCUCGCAAUCGCAAAGGUCGUCUUAUUGGGUGUUUGGUAUUGUUCAUAGUUCUGAUUGUUGUUUCAUUGUUGGAUCUUGUUAUUAUUUUAAACUAUAGUUACUUUUUCAGUGUUUCAGAAAUAAUCUGGGAAUCUUUGAAGAUUGUAGCAUGAGUUAUUACAAAGGGGGUCGUGGAGGAGGAAGUGGUGGUUAUAGAGGUGGCAGUAGCUAUAGGGGAAGCAGAGGCGGCGGAGAAAGUUCUUGGAGAGGAAGCAGAGGAGGUAGCUUCUCUAGUUCUCGAGGCUCGCGCUAUACUUCAUAUCCAUCUCCAACUUAUGAUUCUCGAUCUAGAUCAUCUUAUGGAGGAAGUGCUGCAGAAAGAUACUCCCGAGGACGUGAUGAACCUUAUCAUCGAUAUUCUCAGGAUGUCAAUGAUUACUCGAGAGAUUAUGGCUUGUCACCAGAACCUCCAAGAAAACGUGCUCGUGGCGAUACUUCUCCUUCUUACAUGGCUACUAGAAGAUCCCAUGAGAGGAGUUUCACCAGUGAUUAUUCCUCCGGAAGGAGCUACUUCGAUAAAGGUGGAGCCUCCACAACAGCUGGGGGGUAUUUAGGGGAUAAAGGAUACACAAGAGAAGUAAGAGAAAGAGGUAGCGAUUUUGCAUUCAGGAAGCCUGCAGCUUAUUCAUCUCCUAGAGGAGGUGGUGGAUAUCGAGGUAGAUCAGGACGUGGGGUCAGAUCUCGAGGCUUCAGAUCAACCUCAUCUUUCCUCAGAAAGAGAGACUCGUUUGCAAUCAGAAAACGUGCAGGCCUCAGCAGUAGAUCUGACUACAUUCGUCGCCUAAAGCAGUUAAGAUUGAGGAGAAGAUUACGUGCUGCCAGAAGAGCUGAAAAAGAUAGUGAUGAAGAUGCUGAACAAGCCGAAAAAGAUGACGAGGAUGAUGAAGAAGUUGAAGAAGUAGGGGAAGGUUCUAUUGAAGAAGAAGAAGUUGAAGAAGAGGAGGAAGAAGAUGAAAGUAAUGAGAAAGAACAAAAUGGUGAAGAUGAAAAUAAAGGUGAUGUUGAGGGAACAAGUGAAGUGAAAGAAGGUGAAAGUGAAGAAAAAAAAGAAGGCGAUGAAGCUGCAGAAGAAGAAUCAACCAAAAAAGAGCAACCCAAAAAAGUGAAAAAGAAAGUUGUGAAGAAAAUAAAAAAAGUAAAACUCUCUGCAGAGAAAGAUGAUUCUAAAAAAGAGGAAGGAGAAAAGGAAACUGAAAAAGAAAAGGAAGAGAAUGAAGAAGAGCCUGAUAAACCUAUGCUUACUGAUUUUCUUGGUCAACCAUUCAUUAAACUUAAGUGCCCGCAUUGUCAUCAUCUGUGCGUCACUUUUAAGGAAUAUUCUAAACAUUUGGAUACCCGUAAACAUCAAAAAGCUAUGGCAGAGUUGUUUACAAAAUUGAGAAAAACUCUUGUUAAUAUGAGAAUGGAACAACGAAAAAAACAGAGACAAAUAGAUGAUGAAAUGAAGGCUAAAAAUAUGCACCUUAAAACAUUCUUUUGUGCUAUAUGCAAACUGAAUUAUCGCUCUUUAAAGUCUCAACAUCUCAGUUCUUCAGCUCACAGGAAAAUGAGUGAAUUUCUACUACCAUUUUGCAAAGUUUGCCGAAUUUGGUUCAAAUCUGCUUGGUCAUAUGAGUCUCAUCUGUGUGAACUAACUCAUAUAAAGAGGAAGGCAAGGAUGGAAAAAUUGUCUCGCCCUCCAGUGAGCAAAGAUGAUGGUGAUAUGCUUGAUCCUAGCAGUUUCAUGAUACUUGAUUCUGUUGGAUCUGGAGAUGAUUCUGAUGUUGAAAAAUCAGAUGAUGAAUCAGGUGAAAAGAAAGAAGGAAAAGAUGAAAAUGAUAAGGAUGAAAAGUCAGAGAAGGAUAGUUCAGGGGAAUCUAAAAAGAAAAAGAGAUCUGAAAUUAAACUAGGUGCUGAGUUCUGUAAGAUGGUUGAAGUUUAUUAUUGUGACCUUUGCAAAAUCUAUUUACCCAGAUUGGAUGACAAAGAGAAAGCACUGACAGUCCACUGUCGCUCAAGAACACACCUUCAACGCUAUGUACGAUUGAACAAUACUAGAAAAGAUGAUGCUACAUUAAGGCGAAAAGCUGUGAGAUUGCAUAGAGAAAGACAAAAGUUGAAGGAGAAAAAAGAAAAAGAAGAAACCCCAGUUAAGGAAGAAGAAGAGGUUGUAAAGCCAACUGAUGAAGAACAGAUGGAAGUUUCUGAGAAACCUGCGGAGGAACAAACUGAAGAGACAAAUGGAGAAGAAGUUAAAGAAGCUGUAGAAUCUCCAGCUAAAAAGAUCAGUGAAGAAGAUGAGGAAAAAAUGUGGUCCGAAGUAGACAAAGAUCUGUCAGAUCUACUUCAUGAUGGAGAUGAGCCUCAUGAUGAUGAAGAAGACUCCAGAAAAGAACGUUAUGACAGAUUUAAGCAGAGUGAUAAGCCUGACAAAAAUUUGCCCGCUGAUACAGAUAUUAAACCUAAUGGAGAUGUACCUCCUGUUGAGAAGAAGAAAGUUUCUACUGACAGCGAGGAAAAAUAACUUCUUAUAUGAAUCAUAUUAUCAUAUGAAGAUAAUUAAUUAUUUAUGUUUUUUUUUAUAUUAUUAAUGAAAAAAUUUAAAAUAUUCUCAUUUUCUCUGAAAAGUGAUUUCCAAUUCAGGUAGACGAGACUUAACCAGGUUAUUUUUUUUUUUUUUUUUUUUUUACAGCAAGCUCUAGUGCCAGACUGAUUUACAUAAUUAAAGUUUCAUUUUAUCAAAUGAUAGAUGUAUAGCCAUUUCCACUUAUUUUAUUUUCUGAUAAUUAUGUUGUAUGUUGAGGAAGAACUUUUAGUUUUAAAUAUUAUUUGUGAUUAGUCAUUAUUUAUGGAUCAUUCAAUUUUUGCAUUGAUCCAUGCAAAUCAUUCAUUGAAUAUUUUUUAAAUUAAUAUUAGUUAUAAUGUUUAAAACUUGUGUGAAAAAUGUUCAGUGUGUUUGUUUUUUAUUUAAUUAAUUAGUAUACUGAAAGACAAAUGCUAAUGAAUGAUAGUUCACAUAACUUUUUUAAAAAAAUUAUUCGUAGGUAAUAGGAGUUUAUAUACUGUUUAGGAGUACUUUGAUGUCAUGUUAUCAAUAAUUGUUUCUAUGUCUUCUUAUUGUAACUGUUGUAUAUCUAAUAAAUAUUUAGACAAAAUUAUACCUUCAAAUUUAAAAAAAAAUACAUUGACUAGCUUAACUGUUCAUUUUUUCUUUCUUCCAUCUUUAAAACUUACAUUAAAAGUUAUUUUUUCUCUUUUAUUUUUCAAAAAUUUUAGCCAUUUAUUUUUAAAAAUCAUGAUUAAUUCUUUAUUCUUGAUUAUUUUCACUAUUUUUUUUUUUACAUAAAAUUAUAUUGUAUGCACCUUGCUAAAGUAACAAAUUUGAGCCUGUUUAAAGUUGCACAUUCGUUACUUUAACAUGGUACCAAUGAUAUGAGGGAUUGUGUAACUACUAUUCUUUUCAUUCCUGUUUUUCUGAUUGUUAUGUCCAUGUCCAGACACAACUCUGGAGCUCUUUAUUGCAAAGCAAUCACUGGUAUUGCAUUGUAAUGCUUAAAGAUAAGUAUAGAUGACUUAUUUCUGACAGUACUGUCUUUUUCAAUAUUUUUAAUUGUUCAAAUGUCAAGUGUUUUAAGUUUCUUAAGACUUUUAUCUUCAUCAAAGACGGCCUUAAUUGUGUUGGAAAUGCCAUGGGUCAUCAGUAGUAAUGAUUAAUAGCAUUCAACAGUCAUUUGGUUUCUUCUAUAAUUCAGUGAACACCAUGCCUUUUGAGAUUAUUAUCAAUGCAACUCAGAGAUUUAAAUUACAGUUUGUGAACAUUAAUAUUGUUCUUGUUAAUAAUCUGUCAUUCACUGGUAUAUUUAUAGCAUAAUAGUCCUGUGGUACAGAACCAAUUUUAUCUAAUUAUUAACAUACACCUGAAACUUCAUCUCAUCGUAACCUACAAAUACAAAUUCUCGGAAUUGGGACGUUUUAAUCUGGAGACCGACAAACCUUGUCUAUUUAAUUAGGAACUAAGAACUCAUAAAUAAUCAUUUACUUUCAUGAUAAUAUGAUCACAAAAUCGAAAAAAAUGUGGUCUUCAAAAAUAUUGAUCCGUUUGGUGUGACCUUCUCCCAGAAAAAAUUUAAAUAGCCAAAGGCCCUAAUAUUUUUGUAGAUGACAUUUUUUUUUUGAUUUUGAGAUCAUAUUAUUUUACGAUUCAGGUGGAAAGCAAGUAGGUAUUCAAGAAUUUUUACUACCUAAUUAAAUAGACAAACUUUACCGAUAUCCAGAUUAAAAACUCCCACAUCCUGAGAAUUUUCGUAAAUAAAAUAUUUGUAGGUUAAGAUGAGAAAGCUUUUUACAAAGUUUCAGGUGGAUGUUAAUAAUAUUAUUAAAAAGGGUUCUUUAUCACAGAGACUAUAAGAGGGGUCGUGAUGGCUGAGCCUAUUUAAGCGUAAACUUUUCUAAAUCUAGUGAUACCAUUUCGAAUCCAGUCUGUGCGGUUUAUACUUCAUUUUGUGGCAGUUCAAUGGAAUGAAUCUCAACCUUCCCACUCUGGUUGCAAUAGGUUUGGUUAUAACUUUUGAACAACCACCACGUCGGUCAAGACUGAUCAUGAGGAUUUGGGUUUCUGAUGUUGAAAAAUACGCAUACGAUGGUAUAAUAUGCCCUUAUCAAAUCAAGGUACGAUAAAUCAAUAUUGGACCACGUAAUCUUAAUAUCAUUAGUAUUUUCAAAAAAUAUGCCUUCAAUUACAUGAAAAUAGACUCAUAUCGAAUAAAUCAGAAAAGUACUCUAAAUCGAUAGUAUUUAAAAACAAUAUGAUAUAGUAGAUGCUCAUUUAGAUAAUAUUCCAAAAUGUACAAUAAAUAUAUAGCCCACAGCUUAAUACUAAAAUGGACUUUUUUUUUCUGAAAAUAUGCAUUAGAUGACUUAAAAAUACUCUCAUAUCAAUAUCUAAAUAAGAAAUAAAUAAGUGAUUGCAGAAUCCUAAAAUCAAUGGUGUUUAACAAACAUAAUGAAAAACAUGGCUUUGUUAAUGGAAAAGUUGAACCUAAUAUCGAAUAAAUCAGAAAAGGUACAAUAAAUCGACAUCGGACAGUAAAAUUCUAUAAUCAAUACUUUCACAGUAACAUAAAAUAUGAGUGGAUAUCCAAUCGCAUAAUCAUAAAAUCAUUAGUACUUUCAAGAACUACGCAUUUAAUAACAUAAAAAUAUACUAUCAUAUUGAAUAAAUCUAUAUUCGAUGACGUAAUCCUAAAAUUGAGAAUAAUUUUAAAACUACACUUUCAAUAACAUAAUAAUAAACCCUUAUAUUGAAUAUAUCCAAAAAACGUUUAAUUAAUCGAUAUCUGACAAUGUAGUUUUAAAUAAAAUUGAUAGUAUUUUCAAGAACUCCGCAUGCGAAAACAUUAAAAUACACCCUCAUAUCGAAUAAAUCCGAAAAUGUACAAUAAAUUGAUAUCUGACUCAUAUCAGAAAAUUAAAAAAUCUGGUGUGUCCUCUCACACGACUUUCCUACCAAAUAUUUCAGAAAAGUUUUUAUAUCUUUACAUAUGUCCAUCAAGAAACGAAUAAAUUGAGUACCAUUUAUUUGAUAAACUAAAGCAAUGUAAACUGGCUUAAGGUAGAUCAGAGGGCUCUGAAAUGUAUAGAUCCGUCGAAAACCGCAGAUUGGAAAUUUGGCCGAUCGCAAUACUUUCCUUACCUAGUAUAGGUAGGAAAGUAAAAAAAAGGUUGAAUUUGACUUGGAAAAAUUUGAAAUUGACAACUCCAUUUCUGAUUAUUAAUUUUAGUGAUAUCUCUAGUAGAAAAAUGAAUUCCUUUAUAAACAGUUCUGUAUUUCAACACUGCAAUCACCUACUCUGGAAUCAACUUACUCAUUGUCUGUACAGAUAUUAUAAAUUUUCCAAGUAGAAAUAUCACUAAAAUGACUUUACUCAAAAAGGUUGAAAUUGGAGUUAGUCAUUCAGUCAACUGAAAGGCUCAUAUACAAAACAUAUGUUAUGAAGGAAUAGUUUAUAAUGGAUCUGUUUCCUAGCCUGCGCCCAGUAUACCAUAAAUUUAUUGCCCACAAUUGUCUUAAUAUAUCUUUUGGCAAAGCCAAGGCUUAUCCCACAAACAGGCUCUGCUGCAAUGUGGCACCUGUGCAGAGCCUUUCCUAGCAAAGUAAUCGGCUUUCUCAUUUCCUGGAAUCCCUGAAUGCCCAGGUACCCAUUCUACUCUCGCCUUGUUAGUACUGCAAAUAAGAGUAAGAUUGCCUUUGCAUUUAUCCACCAACUUUGAGCAACUUGUAUAACUAUUCAGGGGCCCCAAUUGCCGCUCGACUAUCGGUAUAUAUUGUUAUCAACCUAUUCACAAUGCCCUCCUUAAUAAGUGAUUGGGCUAAAAUCUUGACUUGAAAGACUGACGUAUAUCUACCUAGAGAUAUGAAUAUACCCUCGUUAGGGCUUAUCCUUUCUCCAGAUACCAGCCCCUGAUCCCUGCUCCACAAGGCCAUGCUGGGUUUCAGCUUGUUUCACCUUUUCAAAAUAAUUAUAAAUGAGAUGACAUUAGCAAAACAAUAAAAUUAAAAAAAAAAAUCAACUACUGUAAAUUAAAUUAAUUUUAUUUUUUAUCAUUAAAUGUAUACAUACCACAUACAAAAAUAUAUAUAGAGAUACAUUUAUGCAUGUAAAGUAUGCUAGCUUAUUCCAGUAAAAAAAAAAUUAAAUAUAUUAAGAUUUUGGAGUUUUUUCUUUUUUUAAAGCAUUAGCCUCAGCUUCUGAUUUUUCAUAUGCAUUGAUAAGUUCUUGAACCUCUUCAGUAGGUAGGAUACAAGUAACACAUUUUCCAUUCUUUUGAGAUAAUGUCGCAACUUCAA